AUUAAAAAGUAAAAAAUGGCACUUGCUAAAUUCCAUAAAAAAGAAAAAUUAACAAAACCUGAAGAAUUAGUAGGUUCUGCAUUAGUAGAUAUUGAAAACAACAAUUCUGAUUUGAAAACUUAUUUAAAAAGUGUUAUUUUGACUCAUGUUGAAGAACAUACAUUAGUCAAAGCUAACAAAAAAUAAAAAUCCGCUUUAUUAGUUUAUGUUCAUUUCUAAUCUUAUAAAGUUGUAUAAGCAAUAUCAAGAAAAUUAAUUAUUGAACUUGAAAAAAAACUUAAACAAAAUGUAUUUUUCACAGCUAAAAGAACUAUUGAAUCCAAAUGGGUAAAAGAACACAAAUCGUAAUAAAGACCAAGAAGCAGAUGUCUCACUUACGUUUAUGAUGCUCUUUUGGAUGAUUUAUUACUUCCAUCUGUUAUUAUUGGAAAGAGAGUUAGAGUGAGAUUAGACGGAACUUAAUUCACUAGAGUACAUUUAGAUUAAAAUGACAGAGAUUAUUUAGAAGAAAAAUUAGAUCUUGUUAGUGUUAUUUAUAAGAAACUCACUACACGUGACGUUAAUUUUGAAUUUAGAGAAGACAAAACUUUCUACACUUACAAAAAAUGAAGAUUUUAUUUUAUGUAUUUUUUUUCUUCUUUGAAUAUUUUGCUAUUUUAAAAAAAGAAAAAAUAUAUUUUAAUUUUUUAUGUUUUAUUAGUUAUGUUAAUUACAAUAUUUUAUUUAAAUUU